AUGAGCCCGGCCUCUGUGGUUUCCUGGAGUCUGGUUUUGGGCUAUAAAACCUUCCUGGGAGCAAGGAGGGACCCCAGUGGCAGUGCAGCCUCCCAAGGAGCCGGAGGCCAAGGCUGUGCCAUGAAGCGCCAGCAGCAGCUCCUGCUCUCGCUGCUGCUCGUCCUGUUCCCGCCGGGAAGCGCCCAUCACUUCUGGAGCCGGCUCGGAGCGGGAGCUGAAGCCAAGGAGCUCUCCAAGCCCUACAUGGCCUUUCUGCAGGGGCGGAACGGCCACUUCUGCGGGGGCUUCCUGGUGGCCCCCGGCUGGGUGAUGACGGCGGCUCAGUGCGCCAGCCACAAACCUCUCACGGUCACCCUCGGCGCGCAGGAUAUGCGCAGGGAGGAGCAGAGCUGGCAGCGAUUCGAAGUGCAGAAGUACUACCCGCACCCGCACUUCAGGACGGCUCACAACGAGAACGACAUCCUCCUGCUGAAGCUGGAAGGCAACGCCACCAGCACUAACUACGUGAGGAACAUCUCCUUGCAGAAACAGCACUACAUCGGGCAGCCCGAAUGCACCGUAGCUGGCUGGGGCCUCGCGGCGCCCGCGGCGGCGCUGCACGAAGCCAAGGUCACCGUCCUCAAAGCGAGGGAGUGCCUCAACAUCUACCCCGGCUUCCCCACCAACUCCAUCUGCACCCUCAGCGGAUCCCCCGGAGCCCUCCGAAAGGGAGAUAUUGGGGGCCCCCUGGUCUGCAAGAACAAAGCCUACGGUAUCUUCUCCUACAAGUACAACGAGUGGUACAGCUACUACACGUCCAUCUCUUCCUACAUCUCAUGGAUUGAGAGCGUCAUGAAGCCGUAA